CUCUCUCUCUCUCUCUGCUCUCUGAGAUAGGCAGCGCAGACGUGGGCAGCGUGUGGGGGGUAUAGGAAGAGACGAGGAGAGAGAGAGCGGGAGGGUUGUAGGUAGUAGAGUGUGUGAGGCUGUCAGACAGCAUGGUCUGGGACUGAGGACAGCACUUGGAAGACGCAGCAGCAGACUCCAAGACCUCCAUGUAGAGCACUGUGGGGACAUCCACACACAUCACCUGGACCUGUCCACCCGGGGGCAACACCCACCUCGUCCAGGGGAGGAAAAAAAGAGGAAGAGGUCAAAGGAGGAGGAGGAGGACAAGAGGGGGGGGUUUGUUUUUGUCUUCUUUUUUUUUUUCUUUUUCUCAGUUUUUUUUGGGGGGUUUUUGGGAGUGGGCUCCGGGCUGGACCGCAUGCAUGACACAACGCAAAGGCGAGAAACCCGUCAUCAGCAUCCAGGAGCACAUGGCCAUUGACGUGUGCCCUGGACCCAUCCAGCCCAUCAAGCAGAUCUCCGACUACUUCCCCCGUUACCCUAGGGGCCUCCCCCCUUCGGCGCCGCCCCCAAAAGCGGGCCAAGCAGGGCCCCAGAGCCCUGCCCUCCCCUCCUCCUCCUCGGCGGCCGCCUCUGCCACCGAGAGUGACCGCCCCAAUGAGGAUAAACCGGACCGGGCUGGUGCCGGAGCCGCCGCCUCCUCGCAGGCCAGCAGGAGGGACGAGGAGCCGGACGUGGAGGGAUACGACUCGGAUGACUCCACUACGUUGGGGACCUUGGAGUUCAGCUUGCAGUACGACCAGGAGAACAAUGCACUGCACUGCACCAUUAACAAAGCCAAGCUUCCUAUCCCCAGAUAUAAGAAGGGGCUUAAGCCGAUGGACCACAAUGGGCUUUCCGACCCCUACGUCAAGUUGCAUCUACUGCCAGGAGCCAGCAAGGCCAAUAAACUUAGAACCAAGACUCUGCACAACACACUCAACCCCGUCUGGAGCGAGACCCUGACCUACUACGGCAUCACCGACGAGGAUAUGGUCCGCAAAACACUCAGGAUUUCAGUGUGUGACGAGGACAAAUUCAGACACAACGAGUUCAUCGGGGAAACUCGAAUCCCCCUCAAGAAGCUGAAGCCCAACCAAAUCAAAAACUUCAACAACUGCCUGGAGAAACAGUUACCUGUCAACAAGACAGAAGACAAGUCGCUGGAGGAGCGAGGACGCAUCAUGAUUUCUCUCAAGUACAACACCCUGAAGUCCUGCCUGGUCGUUGGCAUCAUACGCUGUGCUCACCUCGCCGCCAUGGACGCCAACGGCUUCUCUGACCCCUACGUCAAAACGUACCUGAAGCCCGACGAGAACAAAAAGUCAAAGCACAAGACGGCUGUGAAGAAGAAGACGCUCAAUCCUGAGUUCAACGAGGAGUUCUGUUACGACAUUAAAUAUGCAGACCUCACCAAAAAGACACUGGAGGUAACCGUGUGGGACUACGAUAUCGGGAAGUCCAACGAUUUCAUAGGCGGAGUAUCUCUGGGUAUCAAUGCAAACGGAGAGCGGCUCAAACACUGGUUUGACUGCCUUAAAAACAAGGACAAGAAAAUUGAGCGCUGGCACACGUUGACCAAUGAAUUACCCGGUUCACUAAAUGACUGAAGACCCUCAUUCUGUUAGCCCAUCGCCCCCCCCCCCCCCCUCUAUAGCUGCACCAGAUCGGACUCCUGCCUUUAUUUCCUCAACCUCCCGGCUCUUCUUCUUUCACCGGAUUCUCGUCAUGCCGGCCACAGCGACCUGCCCCCACCUCUUUGGGAAAAUGCAUUUCCUCUCAACAGGGCUCAUUCUGAAAUCUUAUGUUCUUGUUCAACAACACUUCACAUACACGAUAGGGGUUUGCACAGCUGCUAGAAAUCCUAUCAAAACAAAUCACUGGGUUUUCUGUGUUGAAUUUUCAGCUUCAUAAUUCAGUGAAGAUAAAAGGAGCACUAAGUGUGUUUUUUUGAUAAGACAUGUCACAGCAUUUAAAUUGUUUACCAAUGAUUCAACAUUCCCCGAAAACAGCACAAAGAAAGCCUCCAUGCUGUCAUCUCAUUGGUUAAAGACUAAGGAAUGUAACAAAGGAUGUAGCAGAAGUAUGCAGAAUAGAUCUCAUCUUUCAUGUUUAGCCCGACGAUGCUAACAUUUAGCGUCCCAGAGGAGCAGCGGGAUAAAGACAUCGUCGACUUACUCUUUACGUUCGAUUACUGCCGAGGUUGCACUUUAACAUGAUUGUAAAACUGUUCAGUAGUGAAGGUCCUGUUGUUGUUCAGCCGCUAUGUAAGAGGCUCCUUAGACAACGCACUGACUACGAGCAAGUUUGUUGAAGAAAUCUCUCUCCUUUAGUUCCAGUCUUUUGAGUUCUGAUGAGCGUAAUGCGAUGAGAUCUUCUAUCAAACUCUGCACGAGUAAAGGCCUCAGUAUGCUUCAAAUAACAUCGACAUGCGUCAUCGCUCCACUCUCUCUCUCUCUCUCUCUCUCACUUUACCUGCUUCGUUCACACAUCGGCUAAACCCGACUUUUCACAGACGUGUUGCUAAGAGGCUGACGGGAAACAGCCAGCUGAAAGUCGGAUUGCACAUGCACCUCGACCUGGACAACGUCAGGA